AUGCUGCCCUCUCAAACUGACUUUCGUGCCUUCCGGGUGUCUGUGUCGAGGUGGCUGGUACUCGGCAAAGGAGGGUUCCUUCUACAGCUGACAGUUCAGCCUUGCCGCUUAAGUGUUCGCUCGCUUUGCUCCACGGAGCUGUCCGACAGGGCGGGAGAUUUGUUUCUGGAUUGUUGCUGUCUUCACGCGCUACGCCGUGUUGCAAAAGUGGGUGACGCCCACUGUUUCCCGAACAUGCGCAGAGCGUCUGGAGCGGCGGCCAGUGUAGCAAUGAUGGCGUCCUCGGCUGCUCGUUGCUCCUCACGUUGGAUUACAGUCGCCGUGUCUUCAGGACAGCGGAGAGCUGUCAGUGCUAUUGUGUGCUCUGGACAUGGAGAAGUCCGGAGUUUCUCUACACUGCGGGCCGAAAAACUGUGGCGCGAUGGGAGCCUGGUGUGUGGCGGAGUGGGGAAAGCGGUGACAUUGAGAGGGCUGUCAGUUCCAGGCCUCAAACCACCAAACGCUGUCUACACUCAGUCCUUUCACACAAGUGCCCCUGCCAGCAGCAAACAGGACUUUUACCAGGUUCUUGGGGUACCUCGCACAGCAACACAGAAGGAGAUCAAGAAAGCCUACUACCAGAUGGCUAAAAAGUAUCACCCUGACACCAACAAAGAUGACCCACAAGCCAAGGAAAAAUUUGCUCAGCUGGCUGAAGCUUAUGAGGUUCUUAGUGAUGAAGUGAAGAGGAAGCAGUAUGAUACAUAUGGCACAGCGGGCUUUGAUGCAGGUCAGGCGGGUAGAGGGCAGCAUUACUGGAGUGGACAUGCCAGCAAUGUAGAUCCAGAGGAGCUCUUCCGCAAAAUCUUUGGAGAAUUCUCUGGAGGCCGCGGCUUUGGAGACUUCGGCGCCAUAUUUGAUCAGCCACAGGAGUACAUUAUGGAGCUGACAUUUACUCAGGCAGCAAAGGGAGUCAACAAAGAGAUGUCAGUUAACAUCGAAACAGCCUGCCAGCGCUGUGAUGGUAAAGGCCACGAGCCAGGCACUAAGGUGCAACACUGCCACAACUGCAAUGGUUCUGGCAUGGAAACAGUAAAUACUGGCCCAUUUGUGAUGCGUUCCACAUGUCGGCGCUGCGGUGGCAAAGGCACGGUCAUUUCCACCCCCUGCCACUCUUGUCGUGGCACGGGACAAACCAAACAGAAGAAGACGGUGAUGGUUCCUGUGCCUGCAGGAGUGGAGGAUGGUCAGACCGUGAGAAUGCCGGUUGGAAAGAAGGAGAUCUUCAUCACAUUUAAGGUCCAAAAAAGUCCCAUAUUCAGGAGGGACGGCGCAGACAUCCACUCUGACCUUUACGUAUCUGUGGCGCAAGCCAUCCUGGGCGGCACAGCGAGAACACAGGGCCUAUAUGAAACUCUGAAUUUAUCUAUCCCUACAGGCAUCCAGACAGACCAGAAGAUCCGCCUGUCAGGGAAGGGAAUUGCUCGAGUCAGUGGCUAUGGCUUUGGAGAUCACUACAUCCACGUCAAAAUUAAAAUACCCAAGAAUCUCACAGAUAGGCAAAGAGCUCUGUUGAUGAGCUACGCUGAGGAUGAGACGGACAUAGAGGGGACGGUAAACGGUGUCACUGCCACCACCACAGGUAAAAGAUCUUCCAUGAACUGAGAGCCUCCAUCAGUGUGUCAGAAGACAAGUAGGAGGACAACGGAAAGAGGAAUACUGGGAUUUGGACAACUGUAGUUCUGGAUGGAGUAUUACAGACCUACCUACCCAGCCCUGUAUCAAAAACCAAGAGGAUUAUGCACUUUGUACCUCUGCCAAAGUGGAUCCUGGAACAAGAGACCAGUCCCCUCUGUCGAGCAUCCAUAGAAGCAAUGGUGAUAGCAAACACUUGUAAUUUCUUAUGUCACUGUUGAUUUUCUAUUCUUUAUCAGAAGAGAAACAUAACGGUGAUAACAGCAUCCACAUGCGCACAAAUAAGUUAUUGUAUCCACAAAGACUUCAGGUGCAGUCUAAAGUUUUAUUCAGGGUUAAACAAUCCUGUUAUUAAUCUUUCAGUUCUGUAUGCAUCAGUUGUGUUUUCAUGCUUCAUGCUGCCAGUCCUGGCAGGAUAAACAUCAAAAUAAAGUUUGCUGUGGUGGGCUGGAGGUGUGUCAACAGUGGAAAGUAAAGGUCUCAGAAUUAUCAUAGAAGAUCGAACUGAACUGUUCAAACUGUGAAAACUGAUUUAUUCUGCUCUGUCAUGUUGCAUUAUGAGAGAGAAAUUGAUUUUAAUCCUCAACCACAGUCCACAUGUACAUAAACAGCUGUAGAGCAUACAUUAAUGCAUCAAUGUGCUAUAUAGAAGAGAUACUGUACAGCUCUAAUAAAGCUAGGGCCCAGAAAAAAAAACCUUUUAUGUAAAGUACAGAAAAAAUAAAGUUCACAAUGCUUUGA